AUCGUAGGUUCGCAAAUAUAUUAUAUUAAAUGUGCUCCCUAUCGUGGCUAUUGCAUAAUGUAUAAUCAAAAUUCAGCAAUCUCGUUGCGCGUGACAAAGUCUUGCGUGAGUUUCGCUUAAUAUAACGGGUAUCUCCCCUCUCUGAGCAGCAAUGCGCUCCCGUCCGCAGCUGAAGACGGAAGGAGAAACAGAGCCGUCGUUCUCGAAGAGUCCGCGAUAUCGCAAGUUUCCAUAAACGGCUGUUAUCUAUUUCAACGUGGCACUGCAAUUCCGAACGGGCAUUUCCGCUCACGAACCGGCCUCGUAUCGGUCAUGUCAAUUGUGCGGCAAUCGAGAGGCCUUCCUUUUCGCAGGAACGACUCGGUCGGGUUAUUAGAUCGCGCGAUUCGCGAGUGAGAGAUUUCAUUGAGAAAGUGAGAAAGUGUAACUCAACGGGAUUUCCACGACCUGAUUUAUAAUCUAUUCUUAUUUCGGAUGUCACAGCCCGAAUCGGCAUCUAACGUAUAAUCUUUCUCCUAAUUUCAUGAACUGAAAACCGGGCUCCGACUUGGACGUCUCUAUGCAGCACUUUUGCGGCUCCUUGUGACUUUAGGAGGCGAUAAACCCCAGUGACUUUCUGUGCAUUCGCAUCGCCUGCCGCGAUUAAUUAUAUUUGACAAUGAGUUAAAAAUAGCUCAUUGUUAAUUUUUAUCUCUAAUAAGAGACGAUGUCCGAUGAUAGUCAUACGAGCCGCGUUUACAUAAUACCGGCCGAGCGCUGUGAGUCGGCAUGAAACAUCUGUCAAUGGAAUCGCACAUUCAGUACCGAGUGUGCGCUGUGUGUGCUCUGUGUAGAAUGGAGAACCGGUUUAGCCGACGCUGCCGGUUGCCCCAUUGAAUCAGUGCGUGCUUCUGUUUCUAAAUCUCAGUUUAUAUAAUACAGUGAGAAGGAAUAUUUUUCAUUAAUCGUCUCUCUCGGAGUUUUAUAUACUUUAUGGUACGUGAGAUAUAAAAACAUUAAAUCUUGUAACUCAAUUUGAAAUGGUGAAGUAAUCGAACUAAAACAUCGACGAUCAUCCAAGUUCUUUUUAUUUGUUCAACUGAAUUGAAAAAAAUCGAUUGAUUGUAUUAAAAGUUCCAUAGACGUGUAUUACAUCGAAGUAACUAAAUCUUUUUAACAUCUUUUAAUUUUAAUUACUUUUCGUCAAUCUUCUUAAUUCAUAUGUCGCAUAAUUUCUUUAUUUCUUACUACAAUGGAUCAAUAUGUAAGUGUUCAUUAUAAUUAUAACGUUGUAGCGAGUUGAAUUGGUGAUUUUGGUUAGUUUAGAAAUUAUUUUAUCCAUUUUGUAAUAAAUUUUAACGAACACGCUUCGUUUAGCACACAAUACCGCUGAUCGCGCAAGAAUUAAUUGCUGUUGACACGAAAGUGUUUAAAGGAAAUUUCUUUAUCAUUCGUUUUCAAAAUAAACUGUGCGAAAUUAUCGCGACACGUGUAAUUUUUCUGCACAAUUAGAGGUGGACAGAUUAGUGAACCAAAACGGGGCGAUUUACGGUGCAGAAGUGAGUGAGCAGAGGAAUUCAGGUUGUGUCGAGCGAGAUCGCAAACAGAGCGGAUUAUUUUCCCUUUUCCUCUCCCGCCUGCUUUUUUCUCUCGUCAAAAGUGGAUUACAUCGCUACGUGUAGAUUUGGAAAGUAUUUCGCCAGCGAGUCUCGCGGGACCCAUUGCCCUCGCUAUUUCGUUGUAUCAAGAUCUCAAUUGGAGAACUAAGUGGAUGAUGGCCAAAUGGUACGGGAAAGAUAAAUGCGGCAAGUAUGUUGUGCGAAGAUUGCCGGUUCUCGACUGGCUGCCGCGAUACAGGCCCACGUGGCUCUUGCAGGAUGCAUUGGCUGGCAUCACGGUCGGUCUCACCGCCGUGCCGCAGGGCAUCGCUUACGGUACUGUCGCCGGUUUAAAUCCUGAGUAUGGACUGUACUCAGCAUUCAUGGCAUCGUUUAUAUAUAUCAUUUUUGGUUCAUGCGAAAACAUCACUAUCGGUCCAACAGCCAUUAUGGCUACCAUGGUUCAACCGUUGGUCGUAAAAUAUGGCGCUGACAUGGCUGUACUAAUCGCUUUUUUGAAAGGAUGCAUCAUUGCGCUUUUAGGAAUUUUAAAUUUAGGCUUUUUAUUGGACUUCAUAUCGCUUCCUGUAAUUACUGGCUUUACAUCGGCUGCGGCGAUCAACAUAGCGUCUUCCCAAUUUAAGUCACUCUUGGGCAUUCCUGGUAGAACCGAGAGUUUUCUGGAUUCUGUGAUAGAAAUCUUUAAGAAUCUUAAUCAGAUCCGAUAUCAAGAUACACUGUUGGGAAUUGUUACAAUCAUCGUGUUGGUUUUGCUCAAGAGUACACCAGGACGGCGUACGGGAACAAUCUUGCAUAAAAUAGGAUGGCUUAUUGGUUUGUCCCGCAAUGCGUUAGUCGUAAUCGCAGGCACUGUCAUGGCGUAUAUUUUUUACACUAAAGGUCUAGAGCCUUUCAAGUUAACGGGCACAAUGGGGCAGGGUUUGCCACCGUUCGCACCUCCGCCGUUUUCGACGACCUUUCAGAAUCAAACGUACAACUUUGUGGAAAUGACUACCGCAAUGGGAACGACGCUCUUCACGAUACCGGUCGUAUCAACUAUCGAGCACAUAGCCAUCGCGAAAGCGUUUGCAAAGGGCAAAUCUUUGGACGCCACGCAGGAAAUGAUCGCUCUAGGAUUCUGCAAUGUUUUCGGAUCGUUCGUUCGCUCGAUGCCAGUUACAGGAUCUUUCACACGAACGGCCGUCAAUCAUGCGUCAGGCGUUAAAACCACACUGGGGGGAAUAUUUACAGGUGGUUUGGUAUUGCUCGCGGUUGGUCUCUUGACCUCUACUUUUCGCUUCAUACCGAAAGCAACGCUAGCCGGUCUCAUCAUAUGCGCCAUGUACUACAUGCUCGAUUUCUCAACGUACGCCAUGCUGUGGCGCGCCAGAAAGAUCGAUUUCGGUGUAAUGAUGCUGACAUUGGUCCCGUGUGUUUUUCUUGGGUUGGAGUACGGUAUCUUGAUUGGCAUCGUUGUUAACCUAGUAGCGUUGCUGUAUUUCUCAGCGCGGCCUUCCGUUCGGACGAAAAUUGAACAGAUCGAAGGGGAAACUGUGAUAGUCAUCGUGCCCGAGGAAGCAGUAGCCUUUCCCGCGGCGGAGCGUCUGCGUGCUAACAUAAUGAAGCUUUCCGGAGAGAGCGAAUGCAACGUGAUACUCGACUGUAAGAACCUGAAGAGGCUCGAUGUUACGGUCGCCAAGAACGUCAAGCUUCUGGCGAGGGACCUUUCGGUACGUGGGCAAACAAUUGUCUGCAGUAAUUGCAACGAGAACGUGAACGCGACUCUGAAGGUCGUGGCGCCGGAAUUAUUAAACGUCAAGGAAGAUAGCGGUAAUCAUGGCUGAGGGGUGGAUCUUCUUUUUCCCUCCCCAUUCGCACGCUCACGAAUCUGAAUGCGGGCCGCCUGGGUUCACAGACAGAUAUACCGCGAGGUGUUUUUUUUUUAAAUAAAUAUGACCGCCGGGUAUUAUUAGACUUUAAUUAAACCCGGAUUAAUCCUCGCGUUAUAUCGCAGAUGUUUCCUUUUCAAAAACAGCCGAGAGCUCGCGACUUAUUAAAUUUCCUCGCGUCAUACGCGGGCUAUUUAUACCUUUAACUAAAAUGAAACAAGUAUGCGUCCUGUUCGAGAAGAAGAAGAAGAAGGACAGACAGAGAGAGAGAGAGAGAGAGAGAGAGAGAGAGAGAGAGAGAGAGAGAGAGAGAGAGAGAGAGAGAGAAGCGCGAAGAAAUGCACAAGUAUCGAGGCAAAUGGAUUAGAUUCCAACUGGAAUACAAUGCAAUCUGUGAAUGUCAGACAUCUUCGUCGCGUUCCUCCUUAUUUCGUGAACGCUGAAUAUUUUUCGCGGCGUUUCUCUCCGAGGCAACGCCGGCGCGUGCCUAUCAGAUACGUUCGCACGAAGUUCACUUAAGGCAGAGCUGUCCACGAACUGCUCAUUUCGGCCGAUUUUCGCGAGUACCGCCUAUCACCCCCUACUCCAGUCAUUAAACAACCGUAACCAAGCGUGCGACGCUCAGCUUCAGGUACGACGUAUCGGUAAUCCGACUCCGUUGCGUGUCCCUUGACUGCCAAAUGUCAGUUUCUAAAACGUGAUAUGUUUAACAUCUUUUUAAAUAAUUAUUUCAAUGAGAAAUUUUUAAUUUUCGAAUAUUAAUUAUAUUGACGAGAAUAGUUUUAGUAAUAGAUUUCCACGUCACCCAGGAGGUACUAUAAUUGACGCGUUUCCCCAGUGUACUGGGGAAACCACUUAAAAAAACGCGUCAAUUAUAGUACCUCCUGGGUGAUGAUUAAAAAUUUCUCAUUGAAAUAA